AUGGAGGAAGAAAAAGAAAUUCCGGAUAUCAAGGCAUACAGGAACAUCUUCUAUGGAUUUGAUGAAGAUGAUGCCCUACAUCAUCUUAAGAAGGAGUAUGAGAACCCCGAUGAUCCUAAACAGAAGAUCAAGAUUCCGAAGUACAAGAGCAAUAAGAUCAGCACUUCUAAAUAUAAUAUUGUCGAUUUUUUGCCUAAGGCUAUUCUCAUACAAUUCUUGAGAAUUUAUAACUUCUACUUUCUCUGAACCAUAGUUCUGCAAGGAGUCCCAGCAGUCAGCACUAUGCCUGUCUACCUUGCUGCCAUGCCAUUUAUAUUUGUUAUUGGAGUAUCGGUCUUUAGAGAGUUCAUCGAGGAAAUUAAAAGAAGAAAGCAAGAUAAGGCAGUCAAUAACUCUAAAGCUAGGGUCCUUAGAGGAAAUAAAUUCCAUGAAUGCAAAUGGAGAGACCUCCAAGUCGGAGAUAUUAUUUUCGUGCAUGAAGACGAAACCUUCCCUGCAGAUUUAUUACUCCUUGCAUGAUCAGAUCACUAUGGAACUGCGUAUAUUCAGACAAUGACACUUGAUGGAGAACGGGCUCUUAAGCCAAGACAAGCUUACACUGAGUUCCUUGAGAAAAUGAAGAAGCGUGGGGUCGGACUUGAUAAGCUCAUGAUGCAUCUAAAGUGCGAAAAUCCUAAUACUAAAAUUUAUCAAUUCGAAGGCCAACUUACUUGUGAGAAUCCUAAAAUUCCGUUGAUGAAGACCACUUUAGAUCAAUUUUUGCUGAGAGGAGCUGUGCUUUCAAACACUGAUUGGAUUAUUGGAAUGGUAGUAUACGCUGGCCAUGAUACCAAAUUAUUAAAAAAUCUGGGAAAGAAUAAAUAUAAGCAAACUCAUAUUGAGAGAAGGCUUAACAAAGUUGUUAUUUUCUUGAUCCUCUUUCAGACCGCCUUGUGCUUAAUCAUCUCGAUCCUUGCUGCAAACUAUAAUCAGCGGAAUGGAAUAACUACUAACAGCGAAGAUGAAGCAGAAGGGUCGAUAUACUUAUUCAAAGAUCCAUCAAGCUCAAAUACUAACGUCUUUUUAGAUGCACUUUUGGGAUUUUUGAAAUUCUUCCUUCUACUGAGCUCAAUCCUUCCUAUCAGUUUACUUGUCUCUUUGGAAAUUAUCAAGGUGCUACAAAGUAUGUUUAUCUUUGGAGACCCAAAGAUGUUUAGUGUUGAAGUCAAUCAACCUUGAAAGGUCAUGUCUGUUUCAUUGAACGAAGAACUUGGCUGCAUCAACAAUAUUUUCACUGACAAAACAGGGACACUUACGUCCAAUGAAAUGAUUUUUAAAGCUUGAUGCAUUGGAAAAAUUAAAUAUGACAAGAAAACAAUCGAGAGUUAUCAUUUUGAAGGAUCCAGCAUUGAAAAUAGCAACAUUGAUGAGCAAAACUCUGGCAAUGGAGAAUUCAAUCCAGACUUUGACAAUAGUGAUGAUAACGGUGAGAAUGUCCUCAGAUGUUUGAAGAAAAUUAUCACUCUGAAUUAUAAUGAUGAAGAACUUAGUAAUGAAUACAGGUUUGGUAAUAUAAGAAUUACCAAACAGACUGAUCUUUUAAACUAUUUUUGGAUGGCUCUAUCACUUUGACAUGAAGUCAUCUCAAUCUCCAAGGAUAAACAGAAGUUAAAUAAAGAGCACUUCGAUGAUCUCUUUCUAGCAGAUGACGAAGAUGAAGGGGUUUCUAACAAUAGUUCCAAGAUAAUCAAGAAAAGAACAUUCGAUCAUAAGCCUAAGAAAUAAAUAUACAGCUCGUGAGGAGAAGCACAAUGACGACUUCCAAGUGGGAGAUAAAAAGAAGUUCUUUCAGAAUUCUGAGGAUUCUAACUCUCUAGAAGAUGAAAUUAAAGCAGAGGAAAUUGAAGAAGACAAACACAUUGAAAAUGAUGACUUCAGUAUUUCAGAGAGAAACAUUGAUGCCGAUGAAGAACUUAUCUAUCACGGAAUGUCUCCAGAUGAGAUCACUCUAGUUGACGCAGCCAAGCGAGUGGGGUAUGAGUUCAGAUACAGGUCCAACAACGAAAUAGAAAUCAAGAUCGGAGGCCAGAGAAGAGUGUUCAGACUGCUUGAGAUGUUCAAAUUUACAUCAGAGAGGAAGAGGAUGACUGUUGUCGUCCAAGAUCCUGAGGACCCUGAGUUCGUGAUUGUGUUCACAAAGGGAGCAGACAACAUCAUGAAAGGCCUCAGUGCGAAUCAAUAUGAAGGUCAUUUUGAUUUCUCUGCCAUUGGCAAAUUUGCAAAGAAAGGAUACAGAACACUUUUGAUAGGAAUGAAAGUUAUUAGAUAUGAUGAAUUCUUAAGAUGGAAAGGAGCUUACGAUCUUAAAAACAAUGACAUUGAGAAUUACAACGAAAGGGAAAUAAAUGAGCUUAUCUACUUAAUUGAGAAUGAACUCUUCCUUAUAGGUACUUCGGCUCUUGAAGAUAAAUUGCAAGAUAACGUUCAUGAAUGUAUUGAAGAAUUCAGAAGAGCAGAUAUCAAAGUGUGGAUGAUCACUGGAGAUAAACUAGAGACAGCAGAAAAUGUGGGCAUUUCAUGCAGACUGUUGCAUGAAGACGCUGAGAGAUUUUACCUCACAUCCACAGAAAUGGCCAAAGCUAAAAAUGUCGCCAAGAUGACGUAUAGAACAAUGAAGAGACUGGUCAAACAGAAUAAUGAAGCAAGGGAAAUACCACUUCCCGUAGAAGAGUCUGAAGAUUCAGAUGAUUUGGAAAGAGAAGAGUCUGAAGAGCAUGCUCAAGUUGUAGAGGAAGAUCAUAAGGCUUGCGAGACGUCUGGUAAAAAUAUGAACACUAGUUUUCAUUCCCAACAUUAUUCAGGGAGUAAUAAUAGACUUAAAUUUAAAAAGAAGGCUCUUCAAGAUGAGAAUGCAUCAUCAAAUGAUCUGUUUGCUCCUGAUAAGCAAUUGAAGAUUACAGAAAAGAAACUAUUUGUCAAGCAUAUUCUCUUGAAGAGUUCUCUUGGAACCUCCUUCAAUGUCAACAAGAUUGCUACUGCUCCAGUUGCAGAUAUUAACUUUGAAAUAGUCAUUGAAGGUGACUGCCUCGCUCUGAUGUUUCAUGAAGAAAAUAGAAAACUUUUCGGGAAAAUCAUCAAAAAGGCAAAUGUGGUUCUUGUCUGUAGAUCUUCGCCCAAGCAGAAAGCUGAAGUUGUCGAGUUUGCCAAAGAAGUGAAUCCCAAGAUGAUUUCUCUGGCAAUCGGAGAUGGUGGAAAUGAUGUCAGCAUGAUCAAAGAGGCCGAUGUAGGAAUAGGAAUAUUCGGAAAAGAAGGAUACCAAGCUGUCUCUGCAUCAGACUAUGCUAUUGGAGAGUUCCAAUUCUUAAGAAGACUCAUGUUCAUCCACGGGAGAUUUAACACAAGAAGGAUGACUAUGUUCAUUACCCAGUUCUUAUUGAAGAAUCUAAUCUUCAGUAUCUCCCAGCUUUCAUUUGCUUUCUUCAGUGCAUAUUCUGGCCAAACAUUUUUUGAGGCUGGAUACACAUCGAUCUUUAAUACCUUUGCAACCCAAUUGAUGGUUUGUGCUUUGGCUGUUGGUGAUAUUGAUAUUGAUCCAAGCUUGAAGGAUAAAACUACUAAAUUAUUGCUUCCUUACCUCUAUGCAGAAACUAGGGACCAUCUUUCUUUCAACAUCACAAACUUUGUGACUUGGUAUUUCUAUGGAUUUGCAGCUGGAUCAAUGAACUUCUUCGUUUCAUACUACACAUUCCUAAAUGCAGUUGAAGUAGGAGGCAAGUCGUUCGGUCUUUGGCAGUUCAGUAUGACUUCUUAUGUUGCAGUAAUUGCAAUACACCUUGGCUUAGUAGGAUUACUGGUAGGAGCUUGGCACUGGGUGCUCAUAUUUAUACUUGCUGUCCAUAUUGUAUUAUUCUACCCAGGGUGGGUUUUCAUUUACAACGAAUUUCCAGACUCUUACAUAAGAUGGAAUCAGUUAGAGUUCUACAACCACUUAAACUUCUGGUUGGUUGGUUUAGUCAUAGCAUGAGCUGCUAUUAUCCCAAUAGCUUUCAUUAAGCAAGGGAAAUCAAUGUUUUUCCCAAGGCUGAUCGACUUAAUUAUGAGAAAGAAGAUUGGCAAAAAUAUAGAUAUUGAGAAUAAACUCAAGAUCGACAUUGUCAAGAUUGAUAAAGAACUUGACUCUGAAUUUGAUGAUGACCAAUCAGUCAGGAUGUCGCAAGACUUAGCUAAUCAUGUGUUUACUUCAAAUCACGCAACUGUUGAGAAAAUGAAUAAAGUCUGAUUGAGUAGUAUGAAUAGCGACAUAGAAUCAAUAAAUGACGGAAGAUUGGGUGAUGAUGACAUCAAUUCCGUUGGAGGAGGAAGUAUGGACAAGAGCCAUAACCAUGCAAAAUCCUCAAGCUCAUUAGUAAAAUCCCAAAGUAUGAAUUACUCCCAUAACAAUCGUAUGUCAAGGAGUGGUAGAAAAGAUCCUUUGAGCAAUGCUUCACCUACUUUUGAGAAAUUCGGAGGAAGUAUGCUAGAAGUUAGGCCAAAUAAUAGUAGAAAUUCGGACGCUUCAAGCAGUUCAUCGAAGAACAAAAAGAUUAGCAGAGGAGCUUUCAAACAUAGGAAGAAUACCGAAAACAAGUUCCAUCCUAAACUCUCUUCAGUAGGACCCAAAAUUAUCGAUGAAAAGUUUGAAGAAGAAGAUAAGGAGGAAUCCUCUAUCAAUUCACGACAAGAAGAGAGUAAAUAUGAAGAAUCUAGUUCUGAAGAACAAUCCUUUAGCGAAGGAGAGGAUAACUCUCAUGAACAACCUUCUGAGUCUGACAUUGAUAACAAGUAUUCUUUAGAAGCAAGCAGUAUAGCAGAGGGAGGAAAUUUUGGUAGGAGGGUACUUGAAAGCACUGGCGACAGAAUUCAUAACAAAAUGACCCUCGCGAUUAGUGAGAGUGAGGAUUAGAC